AUGUAUUCCAUUCUGUUGAUUCUGCAGCCUAAAACUAAAAGGGUAAAGAAGGUGGCACCAGCCCCUUACACUACAUCCAAACCAGUGCCAAAAAAGGUUGUUAAUCCACUCAUUGAAAAACGGCCAAGGAAUUUUGGCAUAGGUAAGAUGAUAACCCUAUCAAACAGCAAAACCAAUUUUAUGUUGGUUUACUCAAGUCUAAUAUUUGUGUUUUUUGUAGUGUUCAUUUCUGAAUGUGAAGGUUAGAUGAUGUAGAAAAGGGUGAUUGUAGAAUGUGUGAUUCAAAGUUUUUAUAAGUAAUACAAAUAUGUGUACUUGUACAAUGUAGUGAAAUGGUGGUCCUCAAUUCCCUGCACUCAAAAACCAUAUUCACUUCUGUCUCUUUAAGGAGUAAGAUAAAGCAGAUUUAAGCCUAUAGUUCACAGUAACUUAGUUUCCAUCUGGUGACCCAUGGGAUCAUGAGAGCUAAUGACUGCAAGGAUUGAAGGCAUUGCAACCAAAAAAAUUACUAUAACCUUUGUAGUUAUGAAGACCCCUCAGUUACCAAAUAAUUGUAAUGAUCUCUUAGAUAAGCAUCAUUUUUAAUGCCCAGAAACAAUCCUUGCUUGUUGUGUGAUUUUGCGUGUAAAUUCAUAUUCUUCUUCAAACCUUACCUUGUUAGCUCAUGAUUUACUCUAAAAAAAAAGAAAGGUUUUUAAAGAAUAAUACCUCACCUUCAUUACUAAAGGUUAUAAUCUGCUAUUGAAUUUCAAUUUCCCUUUGAUUUCUAGGUGGGGAUAUCCAGCCCAAACGUGAUUUGAGCAGAUUUGUCCGAUGGCCAAAAUACAUCAGACUUCAAAGGCAAAGGAGUGUUCUUUACCAGCGUUUGAAGGUUCCUCCUUCUGUCAAUCAGUUCACUCAGACACUGGAUAAACAGACCGGUAUGGGCAACAUUUUAUUCAGUGAAACCUUGUGUUAAUGAUGCCUCUCUAGAAGGGACAGAAAUUUUUAGACCUAAUUAAAAAGCAAUCAUCUGUUACCUUUAUUGAAGGGUGCUCUUAGUUCGUGGGAAACUCACACUAGUUAAAGUGUUAUGCUACUAAGCAUACCUUUUGACUGUAGGCCUUUCCAUGCAUUACUCUUGUUCAAGAAUAUAAUUCCUAUUGCAGCUACCAUUUUAAGUCAUUGAAAACUGCUUUAAGGAUUUAAAAUCUAAAAUUUUUUUUAAUUUUUUUUAUUUUGUCUAGCCACCCAGCUUUUCAAACUGAUGCACAAGUAUCGCCCAGAGACCAAGGCCGAGAAGAAAGCACGUCUUACUGCUAAGGCUGAAAAGAAAGCAGAGGGUAAAGAAGAACCUGCGGGAAAGAAGCCAGUUGUGAUCAAAUAUGGCCUAAAUCAUGUGACCAGUCUUGUAGAGAACAAGAAAGCUCAACUUGUGGUCAUUGCUCAUGAUGUAGACCCCAUUGAGGUUAGUUAGAAUUUUCUUGAGGGUGUGUUGGAGACUAAAACUUAGACAUGUUUUAGCACAAAUUCUAAUUGGAAAGUGAUUGAUUUUACUCCCAGUGCUUGUUAUCAGUGGUUUGUAAUUGUCAAUAAGUUUACUUUUAAUUUUCUAAAAAAUUGCUUUCCAUAUCAUUGAAUGACUCUGUUAGAAUUAUAUCAAAAGGAGUUGUAGAUUUGCCUUCCAAUGAGGUUUUACUGAAUAAAUUUUUCUGUUCUCUCUAUCUCUCUCCAUCUCUCUUAAACUUGAAAAAGAAGCUCACAAUUUCAAAUAAAAUGAUGUAAGUUAUGCUGAUGUGGCCAUGACAGAAAACCUAAAUGAUGAAUCUGGUUGAGUGAUUUAUCUUGAACACCAAAGAUAAUUGCUAUAUGUCAACCUUUUAUUAAUCCCCAUGUACCCUCAAUUCUGGGUAUGAUUUUUGGGAGGUUGUUUGGUUGUCAAAUAGAAGUUCAUAAUUAUAGGAAGUAUCACUUUGAAGAAAUAUUUGAGAUUUAUAGAAAUGAAUAAACAAAGAAUGUUUUGCCUUGUCAAACAGAGGCACUAAGGGAGUACAUGACUUGUUCAUUUUACAGCUUGUUGUGUGGCUUCCAGCGCUCUGUAGGAAAAUGGGUGUUCCUUAUUGUAUCAUAAAGGGCAAAGCCAGGUGAGUGGUGUUAUUAUAAACCAAAGAAGAUUCCAAAGCCUAUGACACAGAUCCUUCUUUCUUCUAUUGCAAUUUCUUUAAUUAUAUUCGUCUUGAAGCAGUUACUGCUUUGUAUUAGACAACUAGUAUCAUUUGGAGAUUAUUAGGUGCAAAUGAGGUAGAAAAAGAAAUAGAGAAUGAAUAGGGGCAUUAUUUGUGAUGUGUUGAGUUGAAAGCUGGUGGCAUAGGUGUCAGGAUGAUUUUUAAAUAUAUCAAAACUACCAAAUGGUUUGACAACAAAAUUCCUUUCCAGUUUGUCUCUUGGACAAGCAACUCUCAAAUUUUACCUUCCCAAGGGAAGGAAUUAAUUGGCAGACCAUAUGUACAGAUUCUUCUUCAUAAGAUUAAAAGCAGAAAUAGCUCUGUGCUUUUCUCACCAUGUAUGAGGUUCAAAAGACUAACCUAACCUGUCAAAAUUACUUUGAAAUGUGCGAAAAGUUCUAUUCUGGAUGGUGUUAUGUUUUCAAGCAAUACUGCAACCUGAUGACACACUGAAAGCAGUAACAAGCAGUGCAUAAAUAGUUGCUGCUCUGAAUGUUGAAGAAAUCAUUAAAGAAUACGUUUUGUGUAACAUAUGUGAUUGAUCAAACACAUUUUUAAGAUGUUUAAAUAAAAAGAGCAAGACUUUGUUGUAUCACAUGUAAGCAGCCAUGUUGCCAAGUGAAACUUGAAAUGGCAGUAUCAUAAUGAAAUCUGAAGCCUAUUUCAAAGCAAUUCUUAAAAGGCCAGAUUACUCUUUGGAACUUCAAAACAAGGCUGGUGUCACAAGAUAUAGUUCUAAACUUUGGAGAUAAAAAUUCAAGGGUUCAGAAGUAAACUUCUACUUUAAAUUAAAGGUAGUGACUUAGACUGUCCUUAUUUAUUCCUGUCUGUAGGCUGGGCAAAGUAGUACAUAAGAAGACAGCCACAGUACUGUGUUUUACUGCUGUACGUCCUGAAGACAAGAAUAACUUUACAAACCUAUGCGAGGCAGUCAAGACUAACUUCAAUGAGAGGUUUGAUGAGAUCAGAAAACACUGGGGUGGGGGCAUCAUGGGAAGCAAGUCACAGGCAGCUGCACACAAGUUGGAAAAGGCCAAGAUCAAGGAGAUGAAAGUGUGA